CUGGGAGUUGAAGGUCAAAACAUCUAGGGACCCACAGGAUGGGAACCACUGAGAUAAGAGGUUAUUGCCUGGAUGGUAUUAUUCGUGUUGCUCUAUGUUUUCUACGUUUUUCAUUGUGUCCCUCCUGGGAAAAGCUUUGGUUCUCUCAAUCACCAUCAAGGGAAAUAUAGUGCAAAAAUCUUCCUUGACAACAGUUAGGAGACUCAUGGACUGUUAUCAUGAGUGAGCUAAAUGUGAAAAAAUUAUCCUACUUGCAUCUGGUUACCCGUGAAGAUGUCAAAUGUUGUGCAUUAACAAGCUAGGACUGAUCCCAAUCCAGGGAAGAAUCAUAAGCAGCCAAUCGAACAAUGCAAAAGCUCAUUUAGCCCCAGGGACUGAGUGAUACAGAUGACCAGACUGCUGAUAGACAUGUGAAGAUUUGCACAAUAAUAAAUUACAUGAACAUAUGUGUGGCAUAUUUUUUACAGAUGAGUCUUCUGGAAAUACAACAGGAAACAUGUGCUAGUUUUACUUUCAUUAUCACAUCCAAAGCCUUUCAAGACUACACAUUAGAAGAAGCCCAACCCUUCUUUCUGUUCAAUCUUACGCUUUUCAGCUGGCAAAUCAGAGCUGUGUUUAAGUUUCAAAGAAGACCAGCCAUUUCAGUUUUAUUUAGCAGACUGUUCUCAGUCUAGAGGAAAGAAAACAGGUCAAUAUUCCAAGAAACAGGAAUUCUUCAACACAUUGCAGUCAAGGACUGAGAUGUCUUACAAGAAGAAUCAGUUCAAUGCAGACAUCCCAAAGCCUCGGAAAAAUCGUGCUCAGCUGAUGAGCUGCUUCUUGCUUCUUCUGUGUGCCUUCAUCCUAUACCUCACUGGACAAAAUCUUGACCUUCUUCUCCAGUGUCUCAUCAUCCAUUUCACAAUGUUGCAAGUUCGAACACUUUUGCAGGGUAUCUGCAACUUCACAGAAGAGAUGCAGCAUGUGACGUCCAGAUAUCAUGGAAACUAUUUGAGGGCCCUGAGUGCAUGCCUGGAUUUGCAGCGGCAUGCUCUCCUCUUUUUGCUGUUGUGUGGGGCAGUCUAUCUGUGGUUUCUCAAGGAAAGUCAGCUGCCACCAUGUUUGAACCUGAGCAUUAUGUGUCUUUGCCAGCUUUUGAGCAUCAUCUUUGGCUUUCAGCGGCCUUCAGCUGCAGAGAUUUCUCAAAUACAUGAACAAAGCAACUGCAAUGUCGCACAAGGGCUUGCUUGGUCAUACUACAUUGGGUAUUUGAAGCUAGUUUUGCCUCAUCUUGAAAAUUCAAUUAGAGAAUUCAACUCUAAUCAGUUAAAGAAAAUACGCAGUGAAUUGCUGCUAUGUGAGAAGACUUGGAAACUGCAUAUCCUAAUUCCCUUAAACUCUGAUGUGUAUGAUGACCUGCACAAAGCUGACAGCCGUAUUCAGUUCAUAAAUAACCUCCCGGAAAUGACAGUGGAUCGAGCUGGUAUUAAAAAAAGAAGCUUUAAAAAUAGUGUUUAUGGGAUACAGGGAGCAGACCAAAAAAUUAAGUAUUGUGUCCUAGAGUAUGCCACUCCUUUGCAAUCCCUUUAUGCCAUGUCCCAAGAUGAAAAUGCUGCCUUUAGCCGGCAAGACCGUAUAGAGCAAGCCAAACUUUUCUGCAGAGCACUGGAAGAAAUCCUACAGAGAAGUAAAGACUGCUGUGGCUGCUACCGACUCAUUGUGUACGAUGAUUCAGAAGAAAGCGACAAGCAUUUUCUAUCCAAGACAAUUAUACAAGACAUGAGACAGCAGUGUGAGGGGGAAUGCACUGUGUGUGUAGGAGAACAAAACUGCCCCCAGCCCUCAACCUUUCUGUCUGGUGGGACUGAGCUCCUGAUAAGUGGUUCAGAUCAGCCCCUGCCUUUACAUAGUGGGGGCUACUGAGAUAAGUGAGAGCUUUCUGUACCCAUCUCAUAUCUAUUUAUCCCUUUUCCAGCAAUUUGUACUAAUUUUUCAUAAGAAAGUCUCAUUCAGAAAAAUUCUCUCAUGUUUUUCUUUGAGUUGCUGUGAGUUUUCUGGUAUGGCCAUGUUCCAGAAGCAUUCUAUCCUGACGUUUCAUGCAUAUCUGUGGCAGGUCUCCUCAGAGGUUAUGAGGUCUGUUGAAAACUAGGCAAGUGAGGUUUAUAUAUCUGGAAUAAUGUCCAGAGUGGGAGAAAGAACUCUUGUCUGCCUGAGACAAGUAUGAAUGUUCCAAUUGGCCACCUUGAUUAGCAUUGAAUAGCCUUGCAGCUUCAAAGUCUGGUUGCUUAUUGCCAGACUUUUUCUUUUCUCAACAAAAGGGGGGGGGGGGAGAGAGAUAUUCCUUGAGGUCUUUUUUAUUCCAGGAUAGCAGAAAGUUUUUUGGGACAUUUCAGUGGAACUAUUCAAAGAUCAAAGAACUAAUAUUUGGCUGAGUACAAUAAAAAGUAAUAAAACGGCUCAUCAUUGUAAGGAAGGUGGCUUUAAUAUAGAAAACCUCCAAUGCUUUAUUAGCAUUCUCGCUGUAUUUUAUUACACUAAAAAGCAUCACAAAUCCAUCUGAACUCAAACAGAACUGCAUUUUUGAAAAAGGAUUGACAUUGACAUCACCUACAGAUUUCCUAAAAGUGAGUGAACAAAAGGUGCUAUCUAUAGGGAAAGAAACUCUAGUGUAUAAACAACCGGAGAGAGAACAUGGUCUGUAAAUACCUGUAUGGUGUAGUUGAGAAUGGACAGGAAAAGCAAAAUAAAUAAAGUUUCUCCCACUCUGUAAUUUUCUCAUAGAUCUCAAGAGGCUAUACACUUCUGAUUAACAUACCAAUAGCUGCUAAACAGGUUCCGCCUGGAGACCAGUAACAAGAAACCAGAUACCUUUGGUUUGGAAUAACAUUAGACAUGAUGCUACUCCAUCUGAUGCAUCUAUGACACCAAACACUGGAUGUGGAACUCCUGUACUGGUUAUUAAAUAUACAUGGUGAUAAAAAUGAUAUUACAACAACAUGUAGAUUGAUCAAAUAAGAGGGAUUUAUGUUAUGCCUACUGAGAGAGAAAAAACACAAAACGCAUGCAGUUCUCAACACAUCGUUUUUUUCAGACACCUUUUUAGGAUCGUUAUGCGAAUCUCAUUUUUUUUUAUCUAUGAGUAAUCUGUAAAUGUUUUGACAGGUGGUUGUGAAAAUCCCUGGGCUGAUAGUCAAACACAUUUAUAACAGAAGUUUCUUGGGACAUAACUAAUAUAUAGAAUCAUAGAGUUGAAAGAGACCUCACGGGUCAUCCAGCCCAACCCCCUGCCAAGAAGCAGGAAAAUUGCAUUCAAAGCACACACACACCCCAACAGAUGGCCAUCCAGCCUCUGCUUAAAAGUCUCCAAAGAAGGAGCCUCCACCACACUCCAGGGCAGAGAGUUCCACUGCUGAACAGCUCUCACAGUGAGGAAAUUCUUUCUAAUGUUCAGGUGGAAUCUCCUUUCCUGUAGUUUAAAGCCAUUGUUCAGUGUCCUAGUCUCCGGGGAGGCAGAAAAUAAGCUUGCUCCCCCCCUCUCUAUGGCUUCCCCUCAUAUAUUUAUACAUGGCCUUCAUCAUGUCUCCUCUCAGCCUUCUCUUCUGUAGAGAAAACAUGCUCAUUAAGCCGUUCCUCAUAGGGCUUGUUCUCCAGACCCUUGAUCAUUUUAGUCACCCUUCUCUGUAUAUAUUCCAGCUGUCAACAUCUCUUUUGAACUGUGGUGCCCAGAAUUGGACACAGUAUUCCACUUGUGGUCUGACCAAAGCAGAAUAGAGGGGUAGCAUGACUUUCCUGGAUCUAGACACUAGACUCCUAUUUAUGCCGGCCAAAAUCCCAUUGGCUUUUUUUGCAGUCACAUCACAUGUUUGGCUCAUAUUUAACUUGUUGUAUACGAGGACUCCAAGAUCUUUUUCACACGUACUGCUGUCGAGCCAGGUGUCCCCCAUUCUGUAUCUUUGCAUUUUAUUUUUUUCUGCCUAAGCAAAGUAUUGUGCAUUUUUCCUUGUUGAACUUCAUUUUGUUACUUUUGGCCUAUCUCUCUAAUCUGUUAAAAUCGUUUUGGAUUCUGCUCCUUUCUUCUGGAGUAUUAGCUAUCCCUCCAAAUUUGGUGUUGUCUGCAAACUUGAUCAUGCCUUCUAGCCCUUCAUCUAAGUCAUGAAUAAAGAUGUUGAUCAGAACUGGGCCCUGGAUGGAGCCCUGCUUAUGGCACUCCACUUGUCACUUCUUUCCAGGAUGAAAUGGAAGCACUUGUGAGCACCCUUUGGGUUUGUUCACUUCGCCAAUUACAGAUCCACCUAACUGUAGUUUUGCCUAGCCAACAUUUGACUGGCUUGUUUUCCAGAAGGUCAUGGGGGACCUUGUUGAAGACCUUACUGAAAUCCAAGUACACUACAUCCAUGGCAUUCCCUGCAUUGACCCAGCUUGUAACUCUAUUGAAAAAAGAGAUCAGAUUAGUCUGGCAUGACUUGUUUUUGAUAAACUCUGAAAGCUGUCAGAAUUAGUGUUCAAAAAGGAAUUGACAUAAUUUAUAUUGCAAUGUACUUCCAAGCACAUAUCCAUUUUACUGCACUGAAACUUUGUCUUGUUAAUUUUACACUUGAUACACUUGCAGAAGCUGGUACAAGGCACUUUGAGUCAUGGCAAUGUAGACAGUGACACACAUACUGCAGGGUUGGUUUUAACAACUUUUCAUUUGAAAGGAUGUUAUCCCAUCCAAAACAGCCUGGACCCCAUCUCCCUGAUCAGUUUUGCCUUCAAGGAAAAUACCUUAAUUUUCCUUCCCCCCCCCCCCCCCUCUGGAUUGAACUUUAAUUAUCUGCAUCCAAUGGUGAAAAACAAUACAAUCAUUCUGAUCAAUAGUUUUCUCUCAGUAAACCUGGAUGACCAUGGCUUGAGCAUCAUGCCCCAAAAGGGGAGAUGAUUGAUCAGUUCUUAGAAAGUAACAAUUUAGGUGCAGAAAAUACUAUUCAAAUUGUUAUUCAAAACUUACACCUUAAAAAAUAUAUUGUGACCCCUGUCUCUCAAGGGCAACAAUGCAGUACCUGCUCCCUGGAGUAAAUCAGUCACAUGUACAACCAGUUAGAUUGUGUUAGCUACUUGUUGAGGAUAUAUAUGCUAGGUCACACCUUUACAAACACCUUGUUAGUUGACAGAACAUACAGUAUUAUACAUUACUGAUUAUGUUCAUCACAAACAUCAGGCCUUCCCCUGGGCAACAUCCUUGCAAACUGCCAAUUCUCUCACAUCAGAAGCUACUUGCAGUUUCUCAAGUUGUUCCUGACACGAAAAAAAUCAUGGAGUCAAUGUGGAUUAUAUUAUCUAUGAAAUGCUUCAUGAAUAAGUCUUGACAGACUAAUCAAAUGUUCUAAAAAGCCACAUUGGGAAUGUUGGUGGAAAAUACAAUCAAUACAAAUUGCAUGGACACAGUGGUAAUGGAAAUAAGAGUUUUCCUUCAGUAUCACCACUGCUAUAAGUGGGCUCUAAAGUGUUGUCUCUAUUUGAUCUUAUUCACUCUUAAAUUUUCCAUGACUUAGUUUCAAUUCCUGCUGUGUCAUCAGGGAGCCAUCUAGAAGCAAAUUUGGUAAAGAGAUGCAUGAUCAUAUCAAAUGUUGAACCAUUUGUGGAUAUCAGAUGUCAACUAGAGUUUUAACAUGAGCACUGGAAAAACCUCCAUGGGAAUCCUGUAAGCUCUCCAAACGUUUUUCACAAAGAUGUGAUUUCUAUGAUGGUUGGCUUUGCAGUUCCAUAUGUAACAUUAAGGCCAGUAGCAUUAUUAUUUUCCAGUGUUAGAGCAGAUUGCACACUGCAUGAUUUCUGGGAACCAAGUUUCUUCCAGUUUGUUAAACGAACCCCAUUGUCCAUGUCUUGGGGCAGAGGUUCAUGGUACAGGGUGAUCUGAGCUUUGUGUAGCUGUGGACCAUAAUGAACUGUCACAAUAAUAAUAACAGCCAAGAUAACAAAAAUGGCUACAAUGAUGAAGAUCAUGGCAAGACCAUCUCCUUUCUUUGUUGUGACGUAGCCUGGAGUGAAAUCAAUCACACUCGGGACAUCGUAUUGUCUCAGAUGACUGCUUGCAACAGAGGAAUUCAUAGCUGGGGAAAGUAUUCACCUGUGAAAAAAUUAAAAUAGUUUUAAAAUGUAUUCAUUAUAGUGAAGACAACAUUAAAAGAUUACUUUCAGGAAUUGUGAAUUCAAAGUUGCACUAUGAUCAUUACUGCCUGCUGUUAACUGGUAGAAUAUGUACCUCAUCAUGGAUUAUUAAUGUUAAGUACAGUGAAAGCGAGGAAAACAUUUGUUCAGGGAUAGUAAGACAGAAGUGUCAGAAAAACAGCGGUGGGAAAAACAAGAGAGAGAUAGAAAAAGAGAAAGAGAGAAAAAAAUUGGUGAAAGAAGGAAAAACAAUUAUGUGACUUCCCAUUGUCCUCUUGAAGGUUUGCAAGUCAUAAGGUUUACCAUUGUCCAUUUGUCUUUUCCGGUUUAACUGACUUAAUAUUUUAAAGUAUUUUCAUACAUCUGAUAAGUCCAUUGUAAUUGUAUAUCCAUCCUUUCGAAUAAAAUCUCUGAAGCCCGA